GACCGUCACGAAUUUCUUGUGAAAGCAACGUGUCGUCGUAAAGAUGCAGCAAAUUUGGAAACGACAACAAGUGUGAUCUUGACGAUAACUGACCAAAACGAUGCGAGACCCAUCUUCGAGCAAGACCAUUACCACGCUCAAAUCACCGAUCAGUUGCCCGCAUUCUCGGAUGUCGUUCAAGUGGAAGCAUCAGAUGCUGAUAUCGGUUUGAAUGGACAGAUCUACUAUUCACUUCUGAAUCAGUCAGCUGAUUUUAUGAUUGAUCCGUUGACCGGAUGGAUAAGAACGUUGAAAUCGGUUGAUGCAGGAACGUAUCAUUUGCGCUUGUUGGCCGAAGAUCGGCAGUCCCGACUGUUCUAUCGUCAAGGCAGCGAUGAUGAGGAACAAGAGCGAUUUCCAGCGGCCAUUGUUUUGAAUGAAGCCAAAGUGGUAAGUUCUACGAUCAAAGUGAAUGAAUCAAAAGCGUUGAUGCCUCAAAUUGUUUUCGAACGUAAACCAAUCCGUAGCGGUUCGAUGAAUGAUUCUCAAUUAGUUGCAAUCAUACGAGUGAGCGAUGUUCAAGAGAGUGAUGAAGUUAUGGUCGCACUGUUGAAUAGUGAUUAUUCGCAUGCAUUUCGAAUCGAUAAAGAAGUGAUAGGCGGCGCAUGGCGAUUGGACACUAUUUCAGGUUACCGUCUACCAACGAAUUUAACACUGUCGUUGAUCGCAAAAGUUAUUGGGUCGCCUCAACGGAAUUGUACGGCAGAAAUUGAAGUUGAAUUCGACGAGAAACGUAGUGUGAGGUUUUCGAAUGUGGACGGAACACUUCAUUUGAACGUUAAUGAAUCAGUUCCAAUCGGCUUCGUGCUGAUCACAGUUCAAGCGUACGUCACUAAUGGCUUUGUCGAAGACAGCCGUCGCUUGAGUUAUGAAGCAAAAAUUCGAUUGCAGUUGCCCGAAUAUAAAGCCGGAGCAUACGUACAAGUUGAAGUGUCGGUGGUCGACAGUAACGAUCACAGUCCGGUGUUCGCGGCCAAAUGGGCUCGAGGAGAACCCAUCGCAAUUUCAAAAGAUUUUCCACUGGAAGAAACAAUUGUUCGAGUGGAUGCGCUGGAUUCGGAUACAGGCCAUAAUGGUGAAGUGCAUUAUAUGUUGGUGAAUGAUGAAGAAACACCAUUUCGAGUGGACCAUAAGACCGGAGAUGUAAAACUGCGUCGAGCACCUCACGCAAACGAAUCAUCAUGGCGUUUGAGAAUACGAGCGAUUGACGGUGGUUGGCCUUACCCAAGAAGCAGUCAAAUGAUUCUUACGAUUUUCUUGAACCAUACAAAGAUACCGACAAAGACACGGUUUGGACUCAGUCGAGACCCACCAAAUUUCAACCCACCAAAAUUUGAGAUUCUCUCGCAAACGCUUCGAAUCAGUGAAGAUGCACCAAUUGGACAGGUGAGUACUUCAGUCUAA